GCGCGGCUGAGGCGGCGGCAGCUGCGGAGGCGGUGGCUGAGGCGGCGGGAGUCUGUGCUCUGCGCCUGGCUUCUUUUCGGCGUUUUCGGGGGUGGGGAAAGUGAGGAGUGCGUUUUGCCAGAGAAGCCGCUAGACAGCGCCCCUCUUCCUUUUUUCCAAGGGGCGGAGGGGAGUUCGCGCCGUUGGGAACCGUUGGAGUCCGGCCUUCGGCCUCCGGCGUGGACUGAAGAGCCGUUUGGCUCGGCUCGGCGCGGCGUGGCUUCCUCGUAACGGGGAAGACCGUUCGCACCCUCGCUUUCCGAGGCGGGCGGGGAGCUCUGUAAACCGAACUGAGGAGAGAAUCUGAGGAAGGUUGUAGGCUGUGGUAGCCCUUGCUGCUCCCCGCUCAGGAGGCGGCCCGGGGCCAUCAGGGCGUCGGGGUUUUCUCAGCUCUCACUGGUCUUUCUCCACAGCCUCAUGGAGCCAGAGAGGGAAAGGAGCGGGAGGACCCCCAAGAAGGGCCGGAAGAGGAGGCCGGUCCCGAACAAGGUGGUCGGGUCGGCUGAGGCGAAGAGAGCCGGUUGGGAUCUUGAGGGGCGGCAGCCUGAGGCCAAGAAAGCCCGCUUAUCUACCAUUUUAUUUGCUGAAAACUAUGAAGUAACCCAUGACCAGCUAUGUGAUUUGCUGAAGUAUGCAGUUCUGGGCAAAUCCAGUGUUCCUAAACCCAGCUGGUGCCAGCUUUUUCACCAGAAUCAUCUGAACAACGUGGUGAUUUUUGUACUGCAGGGAAUGAGUCAGCUACACUUUUACAGGUUUUAUUUGGAGUUUGGAUUUUUCCGAAAGAUAUUCAGACAUAAAUUCCGCUUGCCUCCUCCAUCAUCUGAUUUUCUAGCUGAUAUCAUUGGGCUGCAUAAGAAACAAACAACUGGGGAUCUGUCCAGAGCAAUGGAAGAGUCUUUACCUUCUGCCAGCCCAAAAGUCAGCAGCAACCUACAGAAUGACCCCAUCAUUCAAAAGUACGGCUCUAAGAAAGUGGGCUUGACCAGAUGCCUUCUUACAAAAGAGGAAAUGAAAACAUACCACUUUCCAUUACAAGGUUUUCCUGAUUGUGAAAACUUUGUACCUACCAAAUGUAAUGGUUCUAUAACAGACAACAGUCCUCUCUUUGGGCUUGACUGUGAAAUGUGCCUCACAUCCAAGGGGAGAGAACUAACACGCAUCUCACUGGUUGCUGAAGGAGGCUGCUGUGUUAUGGAUGAACUUGUUAAACCUGACAACAAGAUUGUGGAUUACCUCACCAGUUUUUCAGGAAUCACCAAGAAGAUUCUUAACCCAGUGACAACCAAACUCAAAGAUGUACAGAGACAAUUAAAAGCACUGCUUCCUCCCAAUGCUAUAUUAGUGGGCCACUCCUUAGAUUUAGAUCUCAGAGCACUGAAAAUGAUACAUCCAUAUGUUAUUGAUACAUCAUUGCUUUAUGUCAGAGAGCAGGGCAGAAGAUUUAAGCUCAAAUUCUUAGCUAAAGCUAUUUUGGGGAAGGAUAUACAGUGUUCAGAUAGACUUGGUCAUGAUGCCACAGAAGAUGCUAGAACAACCCUUGAGUUGGCUCGAUAUUUCCUUAAGUAUGGCCCAAAGAAGAUUGCAGAACUAAAUCUGGAGGCAUUAGCUAGUCACCAAGAACUGCAUGCAGCAGGCCAAGAGCUGAGAAAUACAGUGGAAGUAGUUCAGCAACUAAACACAAGUGUUUUAGAAUGCUUGGACUCAGUGGGCCAGAAGCUCCUUUUCUUGACCCAGGAGGCAGAUGCUAGUGAACUUUCUUCUUCCAAAAACUGUCAAACAGUUAAGUGCUUUUCAAAUAAAGAGGUUUUUGAGCAGGCCAGAGUGGAAAUCCCCCUGUUUCCCUUCAGCAUCGUGCAAUUCUCUUUUGAACCCUUUCCACCCAACCUCACUGAGGAGAUGAACAAAAGGAUGAAGAUCAAGUGGACAGAGAUGUCAACUGUCUUUGCUGGACCAUUUAGCAAAAAUUGUAACCUUACAGCUCUAAAGAGGCUGUUUAAGAGUUUUGGCCCAAUCCGGUCAAUGACUCUUGUUCUUGAAACCCAUCAGCCACAUCUCUGUAUACAGUACGAAGUCCUGGAAGCUGCCCAGCUGGCCAUAGAGUCUUUGGAUGGCAUUCUAGUAGAAGGUACCUGCGUCAAGGUGCAGAGGCCUGUGACGGAGCUCACCCUUGACUGUGAUGUGCUUGUAAAUGAGCUGGAACAAGAUUCUGAGAACCGAGGUACAAUAUACUUGUCUGGAGUAAGCGAAACCUUCAAAGAACGGCUGUUGCAGCAGUGUAACCUCUUCCUGGGACUAGAAGCUGUGAUCUUGCCUAAAGAUCUUAAAACUGGAAAGCAGAAAAAUUACUGUUUCUUGAAAUUCAAAACUUUUGGCAGUGCCCAAAGGGCCCUUGACAUUCUCAAAGGCAAGGACUGGAAGCUGAAAGGCAGGCAUGCCCUAACCACUAGGCACCUCCAUGCAUGGCUCAGGGGAUUACCUCCUGAAUCAAGAAGGCCCCCAGGGCUUCGUGUCAUACCUCCCCCCUCGGAGAAGGAAGCAUUGCAGAUGCUGAAGGUGGACCACCCAAAGAUAGCAGCCUGGCGCUGGAGCCGGAAAAUAGGGAAGCUCUACCACAGCCUGGGCUCAGGCGCCCUUUGCCUCAUCCUGCUGCCAGGAACCAAGAGCACUCAUGGAUCGCUCUCUGGCCUAGGGCUGAUGGGAAUAAAAGACGAAGAGGAAAACACCACCCCAAACAUGUGCUCGUGAGUCUGCCCACCACUUCCCAUGUGCCAUUCUUACCGCUCGAGGGCCGUGGCAGAGAAUGUGAUCAGGCUGCAGGCACUCUGGAGGCUGCCAGGCCUCUCUGUGUAGCAGACAGCUUUUGUGGAAAUGUUGUACCAGUUAACGGAAUCUAAUCUAUUUAUAUGGCACGUACAAAUUUUCAAUAAAUGCCUAAAAUUCAAGCAUUCUUCAUCUU